AUGAAGGGAUCGCCAUACUUCUGUCGAGAUGCUUGUUGUCAUUAUUUGUUUGUUUCUCUGAGGAUCAAAGUAAUAAAAGUGAAUUUUAGCACAUUUCACUGUUCUGGCACCAGAAACUCUUCCAAAUCUCUUCUUAGGACUUUCAGCUCGCCACGAAAUUUGCUCGCUCAUCGGCUGGAACCCACAGGAAUCUUGUUAUCGUUGGCUAAGAAAGGAAUGAUCGCCAAGCCCAAGUGUAUCGUUUCUUUCGGCCGAGAAGUGUUCAGACGUCCUCAAGAUUACGACUUCAACUUUUCAUCAGAUUUAUCUCUCGUGCUCUAG